GGCGUCGGUGAUGCGGGCGCGCGCCGGCGUGAGGGGCGGGCAGCCAUGGCGCCGAGCCUGGCACUGGCCGGGCCGCGAGAACCCGUCUGACCCGCACACCAUGCCCUUCGGCUUCCGGCGCCUCCUCCUGGCCGCCCUGCUGCUGCUGAUUGUCUGGAGCCUCUUCGGGCCCUCGGGAUUCGGGGAGGAGCUGCUGAGCCUCUCCCUCGCGUCCCUGCUGCCCGCCCCUGCCUCGCCGGGGCCGCCCCUGCUCCUGCCCCGCCUCCUCAUCCCCAACCGGGAAGCUUGCAGGGGUCCCGGGGCGCCUCCAUUCCUGCUAAUCCUGGUGUGCACCGCACCGGAGAAUCUCAACCAGAGAAAUGCGAUACGCGCCUCGUGGGGCGGCGUGCGUGAGGCCCGAGGGCUCAGGGUGCGGACGCUCUUCCUACUGGGGGAGCCCGGCUGGCCGCAGCCUGCCUGGGGCUCCCAUGGGCACGACCUGGCAUGGGAGUCGGCCACUCAGGGGGACAUCCUGCAGGCAGCCUUCCGGGACUCCUACCGAAACCUCACUCUCAAGACCAUCAGCGGGCUUAACUGGGCCCACAAACACUGCUCCAUGGCUCGCUACAUCCUCAAAACUGAUGAUGAUGUCUACGUUAAUGUCCCUGAACUGGUCUCGGAGCUGGUCCAGCGAGGAGGCCGAUGGGACAGGAGCAUUCAGGCCCAGGGACUGGCGGCCCAUGGAGAGAAAAAGCGGGAGGGCAGCCCGGCUUUGGGCGCCCAGGCAGUACCUCUCCUGUACCUAGGCCGCGUGCACUGGAGAGUGAGCCCCUCGCGGCUGCCAGGGGGCCGCCAUCACGUGUCUGAGGAGCAGUGGCCUCAGGCCUUGGGCCCCUUCCCGCCCUAUGCCUCUGGCACAGGCUACGUGCUGUCUGCUUCUGCCGUGCAGCUCAUUCUGAAGGUGGCCAGCCGGACGCCUCCUCUCCCUCUGGAGGACGUCUUUGUGGGUGUAAGUGCUCGCCGAGGUGGCCUCGCCCCAACCCACUGUGUCAGGCUGGCUGGUGCUACCCGCUACCCACUGGACCGCUGCUGCUAUGGGAAGUUUCUGCUGACGUCUCACAAGCUGGAUGCCUGGGAGCUGGAGCAAGCCUGGAAGCUGGUGGGAGGCUUGGAUGGGGAAAGGCUUGCACCCUUCUGCUCUUGGCUGGAGGGAAUCCUGGGUAUCGUGCGGUGUCGGGUCAUGGCCUGGCUUCAUUAGCUCAGGGGAGCUG